AUGAUCCCGAUCCCUCGGGAUCGAUUCCAGCCCCUCCGGAUCCCCUCGGGCCGAUCCCUCUGGCCAAUCCCGAUCCCUCGGGAUCUCUCCCGGCAGGUCCAGGGCGAAUCCGGGUUCCGGUUCUGGAACUGGUCCGGCACCUACGGCUGCAGCCCCGAGCUGCUCUUCCGGCCCCGGAACGUCCACGAGCUGCGACAGAUCCUGGAUCUGGCGCGCCGGCGGCAGAAGCGGGUGAAGGUGCUGGGGGGGGGUCACUCCCCCUCGGACAUCGCCUGUUCCCAGGAUUUCCUCAUCCACAUGGGAAAACUCAACCGCGUCCUGCAGGUGGACAAGGAGAAGCUGCAGGUGAAGGUGGAAGCCGGAAUUCUGCUCUCGGAGCUGAACCUGGAGCUGGACAAACACGGGAUGGCCCUGGCCAAUUUAGGAGCCGUGGCCGAGGUGACGGCGGCCGGAGUCAUCGGAACCGGGACCCACAACACCGGGAUCGGCCACGGGAUUCUGCCCACACAGGUUGUGGCUCUUUCCCUGCUCCUGGCUUCCGGAGAAAUCCUGGAAUGUUCGGAAUCGCUGAAUCCCGAGGUUUUCCAGGCGGCUCGGCUCCACCUGGGAUGUUUGGGAAUCGUCCUCUCCGUCACCUUCCAGUGCGUCCCGGAAUUCCGGCUGCGCGAGGUCGCCUUUCCCUCCACCCUGCCCCAGGUCCUGGAAGGGCUGGAGCAGCACCUGAGCCGCUCGCAGUAUUUUCGCUUCCUGUGGUUCCCGCACAGCGACAACGUCCGGAUCGUCUACCAGGAUCCCACCCAGCAGGCUCCGCGCUCCUCGUCCAGCUGGUUCUGGGAUUACGCCGUGGGAUUUUAUCUCCUGGAAUUCCUGCUCUGGAUCAGCUCCUUCUUUCCCGGCCUGGUGGUUUGGAUCAACCGCGUCUUCUUCCGGCUCCUCUUCAAUUCCCGGGUGGAAAACGUCGACCGCAGCCACCGGAUCCUCACCUACGAGUGCCGCUUCCGGCAGCACGUCCAGGACUGGGCCAUCCCCAUCGGCCGGACCAAGGAGGCGCUGCUGGAGCUGCAGGCGGCGCUGGACGGGAAUCCCGGGAUCGCGGCGCACUUCCCGGUGGAGAUCCGCUUUUCCCGGCGGGAUGAGAUCCUGCUCAGCCCCUGCUUCCGCCGCGACAGCUGCUUCAUCAACGUCAUCCUCUACAGGCCCUACGGAAAGGACAUCCCGAGAUUCCGGUACUGGAACCUCUACGAGGGAAUCAUGAGGAAACACGGAGGGAGACCCCACUGGGCCAAGGCUCACAGCUGCACCCGGAAGGAUCUGGAGCUGAUGUAUCCGGAAUUCCCGAAAUUCUGCGCCAUCCGGGAAAAGCUGGAUCCCGGCGGGAUCUUCCUCAACGCCUACCUGGAAAAAGUCUUCUGCUGA